AUGCGUUGCGUGGGGGCGGUUGCGCCACCCAUACGGCACGGGCCUCUUUUCUUUGACGGCCACUCGCGUCGCGCCGAGGAGCAGUUGGCCUUCCAUGACAAAUACCAUGACCGCAUGACGCGGCUCACCGGCGGUGGAGCGAGCGAUCACGACGCUGCGUGGGGCCGAGAUGAGCCUCACGACGGGCUUCCGGAGCGGGCUCCUGACUACUGGGCGGAGUACGCAAAAAAACUGGAGAAUUUGGGUCUUCUUCGUGUUGGCGAUGACAGGUCGCACGCACAAGCAAAAACCAAAGCAAAAUCACCGCCGCCGCGUGGUUUUUUUGCUUCUCCAUCCGACAAGUGCUCUUCGUCUAGGCGGUUGGAAACGUACUCGGCUGCGAAAUCUCCAACACAAUUGCCUGAAGAGAGUGUCCUGCAUCGUCUGGAUUGGCUGGCAAAGGACCAGAGCGAACCCGAUACCACGGAUGUUAUUGAUCUGCUUCGAGAAGUUGAAGACAUCCUGGUGCACGAGGACUCACAGAGGCGUGAUGAACCGUGCGUUGGAGCGUAUUCUCCGCCCACCGGCACCCCCUCCUCAAAUCGCGUGCCUGCAUCUCGUGGGCAUGAUCCUGGGCGGGCCAUGGGUGUUCCUCCAGCCCCGCCUAUUCCUACGAAAGAUGUGACUGUUGUCACCGCUAACAACAACAACAACAUGGAUGCAAAUCUCACUAGUACUAGUCGUUGCCGUACUGCACCACCAGCGACCACCCCAACAGCCGCCCCUUCAUUCCAACACGUAUCGCAAGGUGCAUCGUCAGCGACAACGCCACAGGGAGGGGAUUGGAGUCAGAUGACAAGAUACCAACAGAUGGAGUGGUAUCGCACUUACUACGCAUGGAUGAUUUACUACGCACAAUACUAUGGGUCGGUGCUUGCUUCUCAGCAGCAGCAGCAGCAACAACAACAACAACAACAACAACAAGAGCAUCAACGACACAGAAAAGAAAGAUGCUUACACAAAAAUUCAAACAAAGAGCAGACUAGCCUCAAAGAACUAAGUCGGGAGUACAAGAAAUUGGCUUUGGAAGUCGAGCGUCUUAGUCAAAGCUUUCAGAGUCAUGCGUCUGCGAAGGAAAACGCCUCAACUCAAUCCCCUUAUGGAGAAAAAAGGAAGGACAAAGGACGACGAAGAACGCCACCUCCGUACACUGGAGAAGAUGAGUAUACACUUUACCGCUCGGAUCGUGGUCACUCUUCUCUCCGUAUUCCUCAUUAUUCUGAUUCGGGUCCGCGGGAUGAGGAGGAUGAAGGGCCCACUCCUAGGCGGGCUCCUCUUGCUGCAGCUGCUUCCGAGGCGGAACAUGGCUCAAGGGCGCCUCUGCGCCGAAAUUCGCUGGGUGAGCGAGGUGAGUUGGUACAUGGAGCCCCUCAAUUGAAUGCGUCAGAGGAGGGAAAGACACUCUAUGCUCGACGCUCGAAUAUGCCCUGGCUUCUUCCACCCCAGCGGAAAUCACAGGAAGCAUGUUACGGUUCUCUCGCUUCUCGGCCAACUGGCCGUGACAUCUCCUGGUUGUAUAGGUAUGAAGAGAGCGAGACAGAGGGGAAAGCACAGUCUGACGCCGAAGAAGGAGGGACGUGGAGUCACGAGGACGAAGAAGGAACUUCAGACCCCCCGUUAAGUGAGGAAGAGAGACGUGUGCCGCCUCCCAGGUCCUCAGGGUAUAGCGUUCAAGAGCAGCGUGGGGGACAUAAAGAACGGCGUUCGUCUGUCUAUGAGAGAAGGAGGAGAGAGUUAGAACAAGAGAAACCGCGCUGGUGUUUUUGA